AUGGAGGCUGGAGCGGGUGUCAGUGUGAACCGUGGCCGGUCUUCGGCAAGCGUCGUGGGCUAAAAUACAGGGGGUGCAGAUCAAGGUUGCGGCGGCGUGGCGUCGGGACUCGGGAGUCGGCCGUUCAAAAUGUCUCCGCCGGUCGAUCGGUAGCGCUGAGGGCCAGCCUCAAGGGACUCUCGUUCUGCAGCUGCCCUCGAGGGCUCCGGGAAGGUGACGACAGCGAUCACACCAACUGUUUCCUCAAACAAUCGCCAAAGAUAGCUGCAGAGUCGAAACAAUUAUUAGCACCAGUGUUCAAGUUGCUACAAUCGUCUUUGCUUCGGCUAUGAAUCGCAGGGUUCUAUCUUUAUCGCGGAAAAAAGGCUUGGCGUUGCUCCCCUCGAGCUCGACCUAGCUCGACUCUGCUCGACUGCGCAGAGAAGCAGGGCGUACAAAUCGGUGGUGCCCGUGUGGCCUUUCGUGGUUCUGACCAAACAAUUCGUCACUUUGGCGCGACGACGAAUGCAGGCUCCGACCGAUGACCAUCCAGCACCACCGGCGACUACGUUCGUCGCUGAGCCCGCUUCAACGGCCGACUUUAGCCUGGAUGAGAAUGGAGCCGAACUGGGGAUACCUCGAGGGGCGACGUCGAUGCCAGUACCUGCGGUAACGACGGCACGAUCGGGAUCGAGGAGGGCCAGCUCCGGGUUGGCUGCGAGGUCGGCGUCGACCGGCGCGAAUGGCGAUGCGAACGAGCUACGACAGCGGCCGCUGAGGAGUAUGACCGCUCCCAACUUGGGUCAGAGAGAUUUACAUCAUCGACCUCAACCGAAAACACAGCCGACCAAGCCACUGUUCACCAAGGAGUUGCUCGUCCCCAAGGUUAGCCAGCUACUACUAGCCAGUAGCCAGCCCGCUCUCGCAUCUCGACUCAAAUUGAAGCGCGCCUGCGCGUCAUCGGGCAAGAGAUGUCCCGUAUAAAGCUCCGACCUCAGCUGAUCAGCAUCCUCGUCUGCGCUUAACUUGUGUUCCCAGGUUCCGGUUGGCAAACCUCCGGGAUGGAGAACGAGUGGAAUGAACAUCAUCAAGUACUCCUGGCUCAACGUAUUGCUCGUGUUCAUUCCGGUGAGUCUGGCGCGCCCGUCGACUUUCGACUGAAAUGAGCAAUGAACUGAUCAGCCCGACGACUGGCCGAAGGAAAUUCUCCGUAGGUCUCCUGGGCCAUGCACUUCUCGCACCAGGGCUCGACCAUCACUUUUGUCAUGUCGUUCUUGGCCAUCAUUCCCUUGGCCGCGUUGCUUGGUUUUGCUACAGAAGAGCUUGCAUUGAGGGUAUGUCGUCGUCGCCCCGGCUCAGGGACUGUCGAAUUUGCCCCUGACUCUGGCGAGCGCGAUUCCUUUUCGCCACGCAGGUCGGUGACACGAUCGGCGGUCUUAUGAACUGUAAGCAAACUGCAUGCCAUGCAGAGAGGAGAUUGUCCAGCUCUAACCGCACCUCCGUAUCGGCGACGACUCUAACAACUGAUUUACUGACUCUUUUUCUAAUCAAAAACAGGUACAUUUGGUAAUGCUGUCGGUGAGUACGACAAGCCAUCGACAGUUCUUCCCAUGCAUCGACUGAUGUUAUAAGCACGCAUUUCUAAACUUUUCAGAGUUGAUCAUUGCGAUCCUCGCCCUGGUCAAGGGCGAGGUUCGGGUCGUUCAAGCCGCCAUGAUCGGCUCGGUGCUCUCCAACUCGCUUCUCGUGCUGGGCACAUGUCAAUUCGUCGGAGGAUUGAGGUUCCACGAGCAGCCGUACGCUAUGAAGCAGGCCCAAGUCAACAUCAAUGCGCUCGGGUGAGCACCGCGGUCCGAGUGAAAAUCCGGAAAGAUUGAGUUGCUCACUGCCUCUGUCACUCGAUAUACAGACUGGCGAUCAACGCAAUCGUCAUUCCGGUCGCUUUUCACGUCUUUCGCGACCUGGCAGGUGGUACUGGGACGAACCUCACAGUGCGUUCGCGAGGCCAUCACGACCUUUUCGAGACGAGCUGCUGAGCCGAAAGCGUUUUCCGCCACCACGCACAGACUGCCGACACUGACGUCUUGCACAUCAGCCACGGCAUCGCGAUCAUCUUGCUCUUUGUUUACCUCGGAUACAUGAUGUUCCAGUUCUGGACCCACUCUGUGCGCGAAACUUGAGCCAUCCUUCCCACUGAGCGCGAGUUGCUGAUCCCUAUGCCUACCCUCACGUGACACAGUACCUCUACGCCCCCACCGACCCAAGUUCGGCUCCCAUCGACAUGGCCUCCCCGACGAUUCAAGACGGGCCGCAACCACCUUCCAACACGGCUGUUUUCCGUAUGCCGUCGUGGGGCUCAUCCUCGGAUGGAGAGUCGUCGAUCUCGUCCGUGUCGACCGAGGAAGACGAGCACGGCCCCAAAUUGAGUCUUUACAGCGCUCUGGCUUUGCUGUUCACCGUCACCAUACUGGCUGGGUUCACCGCUGAAUGGGUAUGUCAUCCUAGACGUGUAUCGGAUUGCAGCAAUAGGCUGAUGAAACCCUCGUUGCGCGUCCCAUUGCAGCUCGUCGGAGCUAUCGAAGGCCUCACCGCGACGGGAGCCGUCGGGGUCGAAUUCGUCUCGUUGAUCCUGCUUCCCCUCGUCGGUAACGCUGCCGAACACGUCACGGCCGUGACGGUCGCGGGAAAAGGCAAGCUCGAUCUCGCCAUGAGCGUUGCCGUCGGCUCGUCGUUGCAAAUCCUUCUCCUCGUGAUCCCCAUCCUGAUCCUACUCGGGUGGGCGAUCGGUCAACCCUUGUCGCUCUACUUUGAUCCGUUCGAGACGUUGAUCUUGUUCCUUGCGGUUGUUUCGGUCAAUUGGGCGAUUGCGGAUUCGAGAACAAAGUGAGUCGUCCCUGUCCCCGGUCCCUGUGCUCAGACACGGGGAUCGACUCUGACCUGGGCAUUUUUUCGUUUCUCAUUUUGCAGUUGGUUCGAAGGGCUUACGUUGAUGUGCAUCUAUGUCAUCAUCGCCUUGGUCAUCUUUUACUACGAUGGUAUCGACAAUUUGAGCCGCUAA